GGGUCUGCAGAGUUAGUCGUGCGGGACCGAUAUCUCCAGCCCAGGGAUGGUUCGUCCCCGGAGCGUGGCGGCUCUUUUCUGGAUGUGCCUUUGGAUCGCAGUGGCGGCAAGACAGUCUCACCAGUGGUCUAGAUCUCUCUGCCAAAAAGAUAAUGUGUGCCCUGAGAAUGAAUACUGUUAUGAAGCGGAGAACCGGUGCUGCUCCAAUUGUCCUCCAGGAUUCUACCGAAAAGAUUUCUGCUCGUCCAAAUCUGAUACAGCCUGUGAACCUUGUAAUCACCAAUCAUACAAUGAGGACUGGAAUAAUUCGUACGAGUGCACAGUUUGUGUGGGAACUUGUGCAAAUGAUCAGGUCGAAGUUCAAAGCUGUUCCCGAACAAGAAGACAGAAGUGUGAGUGUAAACCAGGAAUGUACUGUAAAUCUCCGAGUCUCAACUACUGUGAUCAGUGUGUUCACCACACCAAGUGCACGGUGGGAGAAGAGCUGAUCGAAGCAGGAAACCACCACAAGGACAAUGUUUGCAAACCCUGCCCCAUGGGCACCUUUUCUGAUGUACCGGGUGCCAAAUGCCGAUCUCAUACCAACUGCACCCUGCUGAAGAAGCAUUUAGUGAAAGAAGGUACGGCAUCUGAAGAUGCUCUCUGUGGCCAAGUAACUACCAGCACCAUGGCAACGAGUGUCCUCACCAUCUCCAACCUGCAGCCCACUGAUGAUAAAGUGAACCUCACAACCAUUUCCACGUCAGUCACAACACCCAAAGGAAACAGACAGAUGGUUGAUUUGUUUUUGGCGAUUGGGUUAAUUCUUGCAUUCCUACUCAUCCUCAUUGUUUCAAGUUUGCUGUUCAGACGCAAGGAAUAUUUCAAAAGCUUGUUUUUAUCCAACAAGACUAAAGGCCCCGUCUAUAUUGUGACCCCUUACCCCAUAUACUUAGGUAUGGGCACCAGCAGCAGUGCCAAUCCCGAUCAGGAAGAUCCCAUCAUUCAACAUCCCGAAUCCCAUGUUCACUUUCCACAGCAGGAGUCAGUGAAGUUGCAGAAUGUGGGAGAGAGCCACAUCUGCCCAGUGGAGGAGGAAGGGAAACUGUUCCGGGACCCUGUGCCUGCUGCUGACUAUUAGGAGCUGGACUGAGCUGAACUGCUGCUGACCGACAAACGUCAGGAAUAGUGAAAACUGCUGGUAAAUCUGGAGCGGUGUCUUCGGCUGGGAACUUGAUACCUGGACCAAUACAGCAGUUCCUAAUAUCGGACAGAAUGAAGCUGCUUUGCUGUGUUGGGUUGAUCCCUCAGUGCUGACUGUGAGACUCAAUGUUUUUCCUUUAAGACCUGUUUUCCUGCUGUGUAUUAGAUUGCCUCUCAGAGCUGGGUUUAACUGGCUGAGGGGUUGCAUUUCAGGGAUUUCUUUGAGAUUAGCCGCAAUCUAGCCCGUAUAUGCACUAUCAUGGGCUCUUCAUCACAGCCCACACGCUUGGAACUCACUAAGUGUAGCUGAACAUUAUGUGCAGAAUCUGAAUUGAGAAUGAUGGCAAUGGGUUUUAGGUUCCUGGUGAUUCUUUGACCUGAGCGGUACUUAGGGUAACAGCUGAACCAGUGAUAAGCACAUGGUGAGUUCACACUCACUGUCACACCCAGAUUAGGGAGCUUUUCUGGGAAUGUAUGGAUAGAUAGAUAGAUUGGGGCCGUGAUUCCAUGAAACAUCAACAAGAUUUGUCUUGCACUGAAGCAAAUUUGCUGACUCUUGAGUAUUUGGUGUUAGCACUCGGAAACAUUUCUUUUUAUCUUUUCAUGGAAUGUGUGAAUGACUGGCAAGGUCUAUGUUUGUUACCUAUGCCUAAUUGCCCUUCAAUGGAGCUGCUCACCUACUUCCUUUUUGAAUAGCCAUGAGACACAUGAAAGAGGGUGGAGGAAGCAAGAGGUGAUUAAUCUCUAGGUUAUUUCAGGAAGCUAUUAAGAGUCAAUCACUUUAGGUCUGGAGCUGCAUGCAAGCCAGGCUGAGUAGGAAUGGCAGAUUCCCGUACCUAAAGGACAUUAGUGUACCUGAUAAUAGCUUGCAAAAAUGGACAAUGGUUUUACGGUCACUAUUGCUGAAGCAAGCUUUUAAUUCCUGAUUUUAUUAGUUCAAUUUAAAUUCCAUCAUUUACUGUUUAAGAAUAUCUAUCUGAUCAUUCGAGGUGGCAGUGUGCUCAGUCGGUAAAGUUAUCAAAUUCAGACAUCACCACCAUCCAUCUACAAUCAUGGGUGAGCCAGGAUGGUGGUGCCAGUCUGUCCCAAGUUGUGUCUGCGCCAAUUGAAAACACCAUCCCUCAAUCCAGUUUCUCCCCCAGCGUGUUAUAUGUUAUCACUGCAUCAAAACAAGAUGUUGUUUCUAACUGGGUUCUAUGGACUCUUCCCUUGUCACUGACACUUGUCCUUACAGCCUGGUCCGUGGAUUCCAAGUACAGUGCCUGGGCAUGUGUCCUGGACGGAUGGAAAAGUGCUGACUGACUGGGCCCAGGGACUGCUGGAUCAUUGUAAUAAAUGAAUCCAACUGCCUCCACAUACCCCAUAAUCUGUAUUAUAGAGUCCUACUGCAUGGAAACAGACCCUAUAGUCCAAUUCAUCCACGCCAACUACACAUCCUAAUUGGACCUAUUUACCAGCAUUGGGCCUAUAUCCCUCUAAACCCUUCCUAUUCAUACCCAUGCAAAUGCCUUUUUAAAUAUUGCAAUUGUACCUUCCUCCCCCACAUUCUAUGGCAGUUUGUUCCAUCCAUCCUUUGCAUGAAAAUUGCUCAAGAAUACGUAAGGAGAAUUCAAUUCUCUUCCUGUAAAAUUUUGCAAGAGGACAGAAGACAUCAGCUUUAUAAUUGAAAUACUGAAAUACUGAAGUAAGCCAGUAGGGGGAACUUGUGUUCCAUUUAAAUAUUCUGAUUGCGAAUCAGGAUGGGAACUGCAAACCUCCUUCUGAGCAGCUGAACACUCACCCCCCCACCCCACC